AUGGAGCUUAUCGUAUCCCUGAUACUGAUACUUCUGGGAAUUGCCAUUUUGGUGUUGAUUAACGUGUGGAUAGUUGGGAGAGCGUUGAGGGGAGGGUUUGAAAAUGAAGCGACGACUGUGGGAAGAAGCAGCAACAAUAACGGGGAAGCAACAGGCUGCAUGCGCAGAGAUGACUUGGAGAAGCUUCCAUGCUUUCAAUAUAUGGCUAUGGAGGAACCAAUGGGCAGCCCUGUGGAUUGUGCAGUUUGCUUGGGGAAGUUCCAGAUGGGCGAGAAGUGCAGGCUGUUGCCUAUUUGCAAGCACAGCUUCCACGCUCAAUGCGUGGAUGAGUGGCUUUUGCUGACUCCUGCUUGCCCCAUUUGUCGAACAAGCACUCUCAACUCUCUAAAAGGAGUUGAUGGAGAUGAAAGAUCAUGA